AUGUGGCGCGCGUCGCGUGUCUUUUUCUGCGCUGCUGCCUCGACGGCCAACGGUGCCGGGGCAGUCUCCAAGGCUGCCGCAGCUGUUGCUGCCCCUUCGUCCACGCUGCCCGUCUUCAAGACUCGACCGAUCUACAUGGAUAAUCAGGCCACCACCCCGCUGGACCCCCGCGUGCUGGAUGCGAUGCUGCCCUACAUGACGGAGGAGUACGGCAACCCGAACAGUCGCACCCAUCAGUACGGCUGGAGCGCCGAAGAGGCGGUCGAGAAGGCGCGCAAGCAGGUCGCUGAUUUGAUUGGCGCAAGCCCGAAGGAGAUCUUUUUCACUAGUGGCGCGACUGAGUGCAACAACAUCGCCAUCAAGGGCGUCGGCAACUUCCUCAAGGCCAAGAAGAAUCACAUCAUCACGCUGCAGACAGAGCACAAGUGCGUGCUCGACUCGUGCCGCUACCUGGAGAUGGAGGGCUUCGAGGUGACGUACCUGCCGGUGCAGAAGAACGGAAUUUUGGACCUGAAGGUGCUGGAGGCGGCGAUCAAGCCCACCACGUCUCUUGUUUCAUGCAUGGCGGCACACAACGAGAUUGGCGUGCUGCAGCCCAUCCGCGAGAUCGGGGCGCUGUGUCACUCCAAGAAGGUUCUCUUCCACACCGACGCGGCGCAAGCUCUGGGCAAGGUCAAGCUCGACGUGAACGCCGACAACAUCGAUGCCAUGUCAAUGUCCUCGCAUAAGGUUUAUGGCCCGAAAGGCUGCGGCGCCCUCUACGUGCGGCGUCGCCCGCGCGUGCGCCUUCGCUCCCCUGUCAGCGGCGGCGGGCAGGAGCGUGGCGUUCGGAGCGGCACCGUCGCCACUGCGCUUGUUGUCGGCAUGGGCGCUGCUUGUGAGGUUGCCAUGAAGGAGUGGAAGCGCGACGCGGCGCACACAGAGAGGCUGCAGUGGCGUCUACUGAACGGACUGCAGAGUCGCCUGUCACACCUUGUCGUGAACGGUGACUUGAAACACCGUCUGCCGGGCAACCUAAACAUCAGCUUCUCCUGUGUGGAGGGCGAGAGCUUGCUCAUGGGGAUGAAGGAUGUGGCGGUGUCAAGCGGUAGCGCCUGCACGAGCGCAUCGCUCGAGCCCAGCUACGUCCUCCGCGCCCUGGGCGUUGACGCUGAGAACGCGCACACCUCCAUCCGCUUUGGCAUUGGCCGCUUUACCACUGCGAAGGAGGUGGACCUCGUCAUCGAGGAGUGCGUCAAGAACGUCGAGCGCCUGCGUGAGCUGUCGCCGCUGUGGGAUCUGAUGCAGGAGGGCAAGACGCUCGCGGACGUGCAGUGGCGUUAG